AGAAAACCUGGGCCACGUGGGCAGCAAAUAAAAUCCCUGUUGAGAACAACAAUAAAAUACCCUCGUGUCCAUAUAUCUCUAAAGAUGCGAAGACACCCCACGCCUGUGGUCUGACUGGAGCUUAGACCAGCCCUACGAGCUGCCGGGAGCUUCCUGCCCGUCUGACAAUGGCUCCCGAGUCCCUCCCAGAUUCUUCCUACUAGCAACGAGCCAGAUUGUGACCCACUUUAAACUGUUUUCGUGACCCACUAAUGGGCUGCCCUUCACAGUUCACGGCAGUAGAGCACGCCCCGCCCCUGCAGGGGAGGUCUGCCCUGCACCGCACUCUGGAAAGACAGAAGUCCAUAGCGGAGCAUCGUUUCCUCGAGGGGCCCACAGCCUGGCCAGGACGGCACACCUGCAGCCUGAAGGCGAGAACGGUGCUGUGUGGAGUCCUACACCCCACACGAUGGGGACACAAAAAGCACGUAAGACAUGCCCCCUGCACCAGGAGUUUGGAACCCAGGUGGGAAAUGUACACGUGAUAGUGUGAACUCCCGCUCACCCGGGAGAUUGUGGAUACAAGACAAUUAGCUUUCUCUGCGCUCCUGGCAGAAAUUGCUCAUCAGCCUGCAUGAGUGGGCCGUGUGCAAGACAGCCUUGAAUGGCGAUGGCAGGGCUGCCGGCUGGGCACGGCGAUGAGUGAGCAGGCCCAGCGGACAAGGAUGGGAAGCCGCACCCAGGAGGGCGAGGAGUGAUGCCCCGCUGCCCCCCAUGACCGCCCUGGGAGUGGGGCUCCCCAGGCCCUGGCAGGCUGCUGACCCUCAGCCUGCCAACCGCUAAGGGCGGGACUUGAGACAUUUGUUCCCCGUGGAUGGUCCUCUCCCCUGCGGCUCCACCAUGAGGCUCCUCGUGGCCCCCUUCUUGCUAGCAUGGGUGGCUGGUGCCUCUGCCGCCGUGCCCGUGGUCCCCUGGCGGGUGCCCUGCCCCCCUCAGUGUGCCUGCCAGAUCCGGCCCUGGUAUACGCCCCGCUCGUCCUACCGCGAGGCCACCACCGUGGACUGCAAUGACCUGUUCCUGACGACCGUGCCCCCGGCGCUGCCCGCGGGCACGCAGACCCUGCUGCUGCAGAGCAACGGCAUCGUCCGCGUGGACCGCAGCGAGCUCGGCUACCUGGCCAACCUCACGGAGCUGGACCUGUCCCAGAACAGCUUCUCCGACGCCCGGGACUGCGACUUCCGGGCCCUGCCCCAGCUGCUGAGCCUGCACCUGGAGGAGAACCAGCUGACCCGCCUGGAGGACCACAGCUUUGCGGGGCUGGCCAGCCUGCAGGAGCUCUAUCUCAACCACAACCAGCUGCGCCGCAUCGCCCCCCGGGCCUUCGCCGGCCUGGGCAACCUGCUGCGGCUGCACCUCAACUCCAACCUGCUGCGGGCCGUGGACAGCCGCUGGUUCGAGAUGCUGCCCAGCCUGGAGAUCCUCAUGAUCGGGGGCAACAAGGUAGACGCCAUCCUGGACAUGAACUUCCGGCCCCUGGCCAACCUGCGCAGCCUGGUGCUGGCCGGCAUGAGCCUGCGGGAGAUCUCCAGCCACGCCCUGGAGGGGCUGCGGAGCCUGGAGAGCCUCUCCUUCUAUGACAACCAGCUGGUCCGGGUGCCCCGGCGGGCGCUGGAGCGGGUGCCCGGCCUCAAGUUCCUGGACCUGAACAAGAACCCGCUGCAGCGGGUGGGGCCCGGGGACUUCGCCAACAUGCUGCACCUCAAGGAGCUGGGGCUGAACAACAUGGAAGAGCUGGUUUCCAUCGACAAGUUCGCCCUGGUCAACCUCCCCGAGCUGACCAAGCUGGACAUCACCAACAACCCGCGGCUGUCCUUCAUCCACCCCCGCGCCUUCCACCACCUGCCCCAGAUGGAGACCCUCAUGCUCAACAACAACGCGCUCAGUGCCUUGCACCGGCAGACGGUGGAGUCGCUGCCCAACCUGCAGGAGGUGGGCCUUCACGGCAACCCCAUCCGCUGCGACUGCGUCAUCCUUCAGAUUGUGGAGCAGACCUGGGUGGACACGUGCUGUGGCUCACCACCAGCCUGA